AUGGCCGACCUCGAACAACUCGCAGCAAACCUCAUCACCACAGGCCCUGUAAAGGUAGAACCCACGCCCCGCCGUGUCCGCGCCCUCUUCAACGGUACCUACCUCUUCGAUACCACCUCCGCUUUGCAUGUCUGGGAACACAAAUACUUUCCCCAAUUCUGGGUUCCCAUUUCAGCCUUCGAUACUUCCAUUCUCACCAAACUCGCUCCCUACGAUCCAGAUGGUGUCGCCUUCCGCGCUUCAAUUAAAGUGAAAGAUAAGACUUCAGAUCGAGUUAUCAUCUCAGAGAAUGGGCUGUUGAAAGGGUUUGUAAGGGUGGAGUUCAAAGCUGCUGAUGCAUGGUUCGAAGAAGAUCAGCAAAUCUACGACCAUCCCAAGAACCCGUAUACAAGAAUUGAUAUCCUGCCUUCGUCACGGAAAAUCGAGGUUAAGCUUGGGGGCGUCACAAUUGCGGAGUCGAGUAACCCGAGCUUUCUUUUUGAGACUGAGCUACGGACGCGAUUCUAUCUGCCGAAAACAUCUGUUAAAUGGGAAUACCUUUCCAAGAGCGAAACGACGAGUAAAUGCCCCUACAAAGGUCUGGCACAGUACUACAACGUGACGGUAGAAGGGAAAGAAUACAAGGAUGUCAUUUGGUGGUAUGAAUACCCAACCCAUGAAUCUGCUGCUAUUCAAGGGUUAAUGUGCUUUUACAAUGAGAAAGUGGACACCUACAUUGAUGGAGUCUUGGAGGAGAAGUGA